AAAAGUCUGUGUUCCAGGUAAUAAAAUUUAAAAAGAAAAUUCUAUGUCAUAGAUAGUCUGUUUUGACAGAUGACGGAUGGUAAAAUAAUUGAUUAUAAAUCUGCAAAAAUGAGUAUGAGACCAGAUGACCACCGUCGAAAAUGGGACAAAGAUGAAUUUGAAAGAAUCGCAACAGAACGAUUGAAAGCAGAACUAGAAGAAGAGGAAGAACGCACCAAAAAGAAAGCACCGCCAGUAAAAAGAGAACUCUUGAAGCAACGCGAUUAUAAAGUUGAUUUAGAUUCCAAACUAGGCAAAAGCGUCGUCAUAACAAAGAACACUCCAACCUCUCAGUCUGGUGGGUACUACUGUAAUGUUUGUGACUGUGUUGUCAAAGAUUCCAUCAACUUUUUGGACCACAUCAAUGGCAAAAAACAUCAACGUAACCUUGGCAUGUCCAUGAAGAUAGAGAGAAGUACAUUAGACCAAGUAAAAGCAAGAUUCUCAUUUAACAAACGUAAAUUAGAAGAGAAAAAGCAAGAUUAUGAACUGGAUACAAGAUUGAGGGAAGCUGCAGAAGAAGAGGCAAGGUUAAAGGAACUCCGCCGUGAGAGACGCCGUGAUAAGAAACGCAAAAUAGAGGAGACAGAGGAUCCCGAUGACAGCCCAGCUCAGUCAGAACUUGCACAAAUAAUGGGUUUCUCAGGUUUUGGAGGUUCAAAGAAGUGAUUGUGUGUAAUCAUCCAUUAAUAUCAGUUACUUUACUAUGUUAAUUAAACUUAUUAA